CCUUGCCCGCAAGGUACCGGCAGGUCCCAUUUGCUGCCUCCGUGACCGUGACUCUGCUGGACGUGCAGAGCUAGCUUCUCCACUGGUCCUGUCCAGGAGCAGGGAGUGCAGGGCAGCAGGAGGCUGGGACCAUCACUGCCCAGGCUGGCAGUGAUGUGUUCUCUGCCCUUCUUCUGCCCACAGCAUGAGCUCACCGUCGCUGAGGCUUGCGGAGCGGAGCAGCCCUUGGGCAUUGCUUUGGCCAGUAAGCCUUUGGAGGUGGGCCAGGAGAAGCUCCGGGCUGAAGUCUGUCGCCAGGUGAACACAUGCAACAUGCUGCUGUACCAGGUGGAGCAGCGGAGCCGGGCCAAGGAGCGGCUGCAGAGGCGGCUGCAGCAGCUGCAGGAUGUCCAGAGGGCCGAAAAGCAGCAGCAGGCACAGGUGGUUCGUACCCUGGAGGGCAACAUAGAGAAGAUACAAACAAAAGUCCGCGCUGGGCAGAAGGUGACUGCCCUGUACGUGGCGGUGCGGGAUGCCCUGAGGAAGGAGCUGGCCCACCUGCCUCUGCACCUGGACCUCCUGAGUGAGAUGGCCGAGCUGCAGCAUAGGGAGGUGGAAGACAUGGAGCUCAUGGCCUCGCGUGGGCUCAGAGCUGUUCGUGGAGCCAAGGAGCACAUGGUCAGGACGAAAACCCAGGUCCUUGCAGAGAGGGAGCUCAGGCUCCGCACCCAGGCUGCUCAGAAAGAGCCCACAGACGGAGGCUGGCUCAAGGAAGCAAAAGAAAGGGCUCUGAAAAUGCGAGCCAAGCGUGACCUCAGCAGGGACUUCCUGCGCCUGCCCGCAGAGGACCCAGUGGUGGCUGCCAAACUGGAGGCCACCAAGUCCCAGCUGCAGCGGGAGGCCUACGUGAGGGAGAAGAUGGAGAAGGCCAAGGAUGUGGUGCAGUGCUCCCGCCUCUGGGACAUCCCCGUCAGGCUCCAGGCACAGCAGAAGUCCCUGCUGGAAAUGGAGCACUACCUCACAAGGUGCAAGGAGAAGAAGCAGGAGCUGGAGAAGACAGUGAAGGAGCUGGAGAUGCAGCGCGAUGAGCUGAAGUUUCGCCGGCCCCCAGACACAAGCAGGUGCUGCUGGCCUCCGGACACUCAUGCCAAAGGGGCCGGCACCCUUAGGGGCAGGGGGACAUGUGCAUGGGGGCUGGUGGAGGAGCUGAGGACGAGGCUGCAGCGGGAAGAGGCUCGGCUGGAACAGGGGCGAGCCCAGCUGCUGAGGAGCCAGGAGACGCUGCUGGACUUUGAAAACGCACUUGACAACCUCUUCGUCCGGCUGCGGGGCAUCACCGUGCCUGGCCAGGAGCAUCCUGUCAAGGCCAUGGCAGUGGACGAGAAGCUCCAGCAGUGUGAGCAGAAGCUGCAGUACCUGGUGCAGCGGGUGGCUCACCUGCCCCCCUCCAGCCACAGCGAGGACGAUGAGACUUUUGUGAAGGUCAGGCAGCUGCUGGAGGAAACCCUCACGACCGAUCCACGGAACCAGAGGGUUUCCUUGGAGGACACGGGCGUGAGGCUCCAAGGUAGGAAAGGGGACACAUCCCACGGCAACUGCCCCAGCCAGCCCCUGCCUCCUGGCAUUUCUGGCUGUCCUUGCCCAUCUCCCACUGUCCCAGCAGAGCCCAACCCAGGAGUUGCUCCAGGCGUUGGGGCUGACCGCGCUUGGCUCCAGGCCUUUGAGCAUAGUGCUGCUUUUCUGUGUGCAUGUGGGAGACUGGAGGCAGAUGGUGGCUUGGGGAGCGUAGAAACACCACAGGAGCAAGGAGGGAUGCUGUGGUGCAAGCGGGGAGAGCCUCGUCUUCAGAAUCACUUGGCUGUGAAUCUUCUUCAGAGCCAGGGCUUGGCUCUGCCAGUGGCCUCCUCCUAUGGGAGCUGCCGGCUCCUCCUGGGGACACAGGCACCGCAGAGGCAGCCCCACAGACCCUCCCCAGCCCGCUCCUCUCCGCUCUCUCCUCCAGACGAUUUUGAUUUCCCUGACAACCACAGUGGCCUUGUCCUCACCAGAGAAGCCAUCAAGCAGCAAGGGCUGGACUUGAUCGAAAGCAAGAAGAAAAGCAAGAGGAAGUAG